AGCCGCGGCAGCAGCUGGUCUCGGUGUAAACAAGUCGAGGCGGCUGUGAACCGGGCCGGGGGGGACGGCGCCCAUCAGGAGCGCCCCCCACUCCCAGGCCAGGCCACCCCGCGGACCGGGCCCUCCACGCGCCCAGGCGAGGUGAGGCCUGGACCGACGUCUCUGCGCGUUGCCCCGCGCCCCCGCCCCGCAAGCGAGGACUGCCCCUUCCCCCGCGCACGCCCCCAUCCCCUCGCCCCAGAUGCCAGUUCAGAUGCCAGCUCAGCAGGGGUGAGGCCAGAAGCUGGUGGGUGACUCACCUAGAGCUCCUCCUAGCCUCAGUUUACCCGCUGAUGCAACCUGAGGCCUCCUCAGCACUGGGCUCCCUCUGCUCCCCGUGGGCCGCUCCCCGCGUGGGGCCACUGCCCUUGGCCCCCGCCAUGGUGCGGAUUUCAAAGCCCAAGACGUUUCAGGCCUACUUGGAUGACUGUCACCGGAGGUAUAGCUGUGCCCACUGCCGUGCUCACCUGGCCAACCACGACGACCUCAUCUCCAAGUCCUUCCAGGGCAGUCAGGGACGUGCCUACCUCUUCAACUCUGUAGUGAAUGUGGGCUGCGGGCCAGCAGAAGAGCGGGUGCUGCUGACAGGUCUUCAUGCUGUCGCUGACAUCCACUGUGAGAACUGCAAGACCACUUUGGGCUGGAAAUAUGAGCAAGCCUUUGAGAGCAGCCAGAAGUACAAAGAGGGGAAAUACAUCAUUGAACUCAACCACAUGAUCAAAGACAACGGCUGGGACUGACCUAGCUCCUGCCGCAUGUGGCUUCAGCCUGGCCUGGCCGCCAGGGGGAGCCACUGGUUUCGCUCCUCCUGAAGGGAGCUCUGGACCCUCAGGGCCCCCACAGGGGAAGGACCCAGCUCCUGUACAUACAUUUUAUUGCAUGCACUGUGACCUUGGGGGGAGACAAAGAGGGGGAUUGUACCCCCACCCCCUGCACCUCCCUGCGAUCUGGCUGGCUUGGAUCUCAUUUUUUAACCCCUUCCUGUCUUGCCUGUCCCAUAGAUAAGGCCUGUGUGCUGCUCUCAUGGCCCUGGUGCACCACCUUUCUGUGAAUCUCUCCCACUGGAUCCCUCUUACCUGCAACGUGUCUGUUCUCGUUCUGUAGCAUUUGUAAAUAAUAAAACAAUGGAAUGGA